GGACGUAGGGUGGCAUUGUCCUGUCACAAGGGCUUGGGCGUUUUAGGAGGCUGCACAGGGUAGGGCGCCGGAGGGACAAUACGCUGCCGGAGUGCUGCCCUUGGAGCGAUGUAGGGCUAGCGGCUCCACAGGGGCGGAGUCCAGGAGGCCACACUCUGAGAGGUAGAGAGGGACCCCGCCCUGCCCUUUUUCUAAGGAUGGGAGAACUGGUUCAGACCCAGGCAGUGGUCACUGCAUCUCCCUCCUCCACGGCCAAAUAACCACUCUGGCCCCCGGCUUUCAGCUGGGGACACCCUAAGUAGCCCUCACCCCUCGCAUUGUCCCCCUGCCUAGCCAGCCUGAACUACACUUCCCGAGGUGCUCCGGGGUCUCCAGAGGCGGGGCCCACCAAGGGCUGUGGGGGGAGGGGCCGGCACGUGCUGCCGCUUUCAGCCAAUGCUGAUCCCUGCGAGGAGGUCACGUGCCGCUGCUUGGCGCUUUUGUGCGCGCCCGGGUCUGUUGGUGCUCAGAGUGUGGCCAGGCGGCUCGGACCGAGCAGGGUUUUCCUUGCCAGUGGAUUGUGUAGAAUACACUGCCAGUCUCUUGUCUUCUAUUCACCAUGGCUUCUUCUGAUAUCCAGGUGAAGGAGCUGGAGAAGCGUGCCUCAGGCCAGGCUUUUGAGCUGAUUCUCAGCCCUCGAUCAAAAGAAUCCGUCCCAGAAUUCCCCCUUUCCCCUCCAAAGAAGAAGGAUCUUUCCCUGGAGGAAAUUCAGAAGAAAUUAGAAGCUGCAGAAGAAAGACGCAAGUCCCAUGAAGCUGAGGUCUUGAAGCAGCUUGCUGAGAAACGGGAGCACGAGAAGGAGGUGCUUCAGAAAGCAAUCGAGGAGAACAACAAUUUCAGUAAAAUGGCGGAGGAGAAGCUGACCCACAAAAUGGAAGCCAACAAAGAGAACCGAGAGGCGCAGAUGGCCGCCAAGCUGGAACGUUUGCGGGAGAAGGACAAGCACAUUGAAGAAGUGCGGAAGAACAAAGAAUCCAAAGACCCUGCUGAUGAGACUGAAGCUGACUAAUUUGUUCUGAGAACUGACUUUCUCCCCCUCCCCUUCCUAAAUAUCCAAAGACUGUACUGGCCAGUGUCAUUUUACUUUUGCCCUCCUGACAAAUAUUCUAGAAGCUGAGUAGGACUGUAUAGGUAGAUCCAGACUGUAUGAUGUUGUUUUAGGGGCUAAAGGGGAGAAACUGAAAGUGUUUUACUCUUUUUCUAAAGUGUUGAAGUCUUUCUAAUGUAGCUAUUUUUCUUGUUGCAUCUUUUCUACUUCAGUACACUUGGUGUACUGGGUUAAUGGCUAGUACUGUAUUGGCUCUGUGAAAACAUGUUUGUGAAAAGAGUAUGUAGUGGCUUCUUUCAAAUUGUUAGAUGCUGAAUAUCUGUUCACUUUUAAAUCCCAAUUCUGUCCCAAUCUUACCAGAUGCUACUGUACUUGAAUGGUUAAUAAAACUGCACAGUGCUGUUGGUGGCAGUGA